GGUGGCGCUGGUGGUAGUGGGUAAGGCAGAGGGGUGGCGCAGUAGGGAGGAGAGAGUUUUCCCUGGCCAGUAAGCUCUCAGCAGCAGCACACUGCCAGUCCGCCUCCACGGUACACAUCAGUCAAUACCAGAAUCUGCCGUGUUGCUUCACUCUCAGUCUGCCCCAACACUUAUACGGUGAUAUGUGCGGGUUGACGCGGGUACUGGCUGUAGCAGCAUAUCUGGCCGGCGGACCUCUGGCCUCCACCACCACACACACGGCACAACUUACUGAGUGCCGGCUGCAGGAGACUGGCGUCUAUGUAUCCAUUAGUGCCGAGGCGGAGUUCGUAAACAAUGGUACUGAGGCCAUCCGCUGGCUGGAGGUCAAUUGGUAUGGCGUGAGCGACUUCCAGGAGGAGGACUGGGUGGGGCUAUGGGACCAUGACCCCACUGUGUCUCUGGAUGAUCCCUUAGUUCAACUCCCAGCGUCUAGUGAUGACGGUGUUAUCAGGACUGAUCAGCGCUGGGACGGCAGCCUUAUCCCUAGCUCACUGAGGGAUACAGCAGACUCCUGCCUGCCGUAUUGGGCGGGUUACAUACGUGUUGGAACCCUCCUAUACUCAUCGUGCUUGAUGCUGAGACCUCAUUGGCUGUCAUCUCUGAGGUCACAAUUGUCAACAACACGGGUGACUAAAGUUGCACUACCAGGCACUCAUGAUGCUGGAUCUUCUGGCCAUUUUGGCUUGGGAAUUAUUGGAAACGUCGUGGGGCGGUGGACUUUCACGCAGGACGAGAGCCUGUGGCAGCAGCUCGUGCUUGGUGUCCGCUAUAUGGACAUGAGAAUCGCUUAUUAUCCUCAGACAGAGGAGAAAUUUUUCGUAAACCACGGCGAUGUUCGCAUCGCUCCGUUGCAAAGCUAUAUAGACAACGUUGUCGACUUCAUGAAGCAGACUGAAGAAAUCGUCAUUUUCGAUAUUCACGGGCUGGAACUCGGAUUCGAUGGUUAUCCUGAACGUCACCAGGAAUUGAUCACACUACUCGAGUUGAACUUUAUGGAGUGGAUGGCAACAAAAGACUUGGAGCCUGAUCCAACACUGGAAGACCUUUGGGCGAGUGGAUCUCGACUGAUAGUUACUUACCCGUCUUCUGAGGGAUCGCUCUCCCAAUACUUGUGGCACAAUGUCUAUCACCUUUGGGGUAAUGUUAACAACCUGAGCGACCUGGAGGUAUACCUCUACACUUGUAUUCCUCAACAGUCAGAUCGUGGGUCCUUAUGGUCGGCGAUGGCAGAGUUCACCCCCUCGUCGCUAGACGUGGUUGCAAACCGCUGGGGAGGGCUGCGAGGAGCUGCCGCUAUCACGAAUGCCCCAGUCACUCGAUGGUUCCGCCAAGAUUGGUGGAACCAAGUAAACAUCGUCGCCAUGGAUUACAUCCCUGCCUCCGAUGUCGUCUCUGUCGCUGUGGAAGCCAAUAAGAUCAGAAGCCAAUGUGAGGGGAAGAUGAAUAACACUUUCGACUUGACCCGGCGCUGGUAUGCUAUAGUGAUUGUUAAGUACUAUAUUAAACGGAUGUUCUUUCUUAAAAAGCAGUUGAAGAGAGUCCCUGUGCGUGAUCUUAUUCCAGGAGUUUCUCAUGCUAGAUGUUAUCACUGGUCUUCAGCAGCUGUGUGUGCAGACCUGGUGGGGGCGGGAGGUGUGGGCGUGCGAGUUUGGCCAACAGUCAAAGCUUCACCGCACAGGAGCCAUAACAAACUUCACUUUAGGCUACUCCAGGUCAACUGGGACGCGGAAGAAAUAUACGAGGGUGACUGGCUGGGGGUGUUUCCUCAGGAUCCACGCCCACCCCACGCCAGACCUCCCCCCACAACGCCCCCAACCACACCCCACCGCUUCUGGCAGAUGCCACACCCUCUACACUGGGAUACUCCCUACGCCUCCCGCGGCACCAUUACUACCAACAUUACGUUGCCUAGGAUUGAGCUGAGUGUCCUGGCUCGGGGUGGGUGUGUUGGAGUCUACGCUGGCUUCAUCAGGAACGGUGUGUGUGUAGCAGCUGAGUGCUUGGCUGCGUAUCCUUCAUGGCUCUUUGAUCAUAGACAGGUGCUGGGUAAUCGCUCCCUCAGGUCCCUGGUCUUACCUGGCACCCACAAUGCUGGGUCUUACUCUCUUAAGGACCAAGAUGACGUUGUGUCUGCCUGGGUCGUCUGUCAAGACGAGGAUAUCAUCUCCCAACUCCUCUACGGUAACAGGUACCUGGACCUUCGCGUAGCCUAUUACCCCGACACACAAGAACUACUGUGGAUCAACCAUGACCUUGUACGCUGGCGGCCUUUGCUGGAGGUCCUCACCGGUGUGAGAGGUUUUCUGGCCAUAUCUCCAGAUCCACUUAUUAUUGAUAUUCAUCGCACACCCGUCGGCUUUGAUUUGCCCGAGGUGCCGCUUCUCUUGUCACUGAUGAAUGAAACACUUGGGUCCCACUUCCUUCAUAACCGCUAUGGAUCACUAGUUUCCCUAGAUCAGAUCUGGAAGAUAGGGAAGAGGGUUAUCUUUACCUUUGCUGACGUUGAUGCAGCAGAUAAUCAUGAAUGGGUGUGGCCACCUCUGCCACAGGCUUGGGCUAAUGCUCAGAUACUGGACGACCUCAGGACCUACCUAGACGCUCAGAUGAACAUGCGGGUUGGAUCUCCCAGACUGUGGGCGGCCAUGGCUCACCUCACACCAACACUGUGGGACAUGAUAUUACGCUCUCACGUGGGUGUGCGUGGCCUGGCUGACCGUGUCAACUUCUCCAUCACUCGGUGGCUGCGUCAGCGAUGGGCUCAUAUGGCCAAUAUUGUGGCCUCAGAUUUCUUUAGGGGAAAUAAUGUCAUUAAUGUGGCCAUUAGAACCAACUUGGCACUGAGUGUGUGUCGGCCAGCACAUCAGAGGACAGUGGCCAUUCCAGUGGUGCCAGUAGCACCUCAGAGGCACCCAAUCACCUUCAGAAGAUCGACAGGGUUCAGGAUCGUGUCUGACACAAGGCGUCCAGUGUACUCGGAAAUGACACAACCGAUGUCUUCGGCCACUACUCUACCUCCACUUUUCAAAAGAAUCUAUUCCCCAAUAUCGUCUGAAGAGAACUUACCAAAGACCUCCUCUCUACCUGUGACAGCCACUGUCAAUGAAGAAACUAAAUAUACUUUACACUCGUCUGCUAAUUUCACUUGGGAAAUGAGAAAUGCCUCGGUAUCCACUCCCACUGAAUUACCCUUAUAUCCAUUAAUACGCGUAUUCAUAGCUUCUACCGUUGGCCCUUCUGUAUCAGCAGAUAACGCAAAUCAGCACGAUGGUAACAGGCAGUAUAACCAUACUAAUUAUCCGCCUGUGACCACUGAAACUUCCGAAGAAAAUAUUUAUAUCAGUGAACCAGAGAUGAACAUUUACGGUUUAAACGAACGAACUCGAACCGCAGAUUCUCAAGGUGCUACAGAUCAGAUAAACCUUUGGAACGAAACUGUCAGCUAUAGCGAUGGUGACUAUGAUAAUGCUAGUGACUUGCAAAGUAAUGGUGAUUGGUAUCACAACAACCAAACGACUGAUACUAGUAGAAACUCUAAGCUGAAAAUUGUCACAGAGAAUCACAAAGAAUUCAAAAGUUACACAGGGCGUAACCUGACUAAUUUUGUUAAAGGUUCUGCGCUGCGAGAGGGCAGUCUCUCCAAUGAUGCCAUUCCAGGCACUGACACGACUACCUCCUCAACUACGAGGGACGAAACGACUACCCCGUCGACUAUAAGGGAAGAGACUACCGCCUCGUCAUCCACAAAGGCUGAGAUGAAUACUUCGUCAACCUCAAGGGAUGAGGUGACUACCCUGUUGAUCACAAAUUAUGAGAUGACUACCUUGUCGACCACGAAGAGUGAGACGACUACCUCAUCAACCACAAGGGAUGAGAUGACUAUCUCGUCCAUCAUAAAGGAUGAGUUGACUGCCUUAUUAACCACAAGGGAUGAGAUGAAUACCUCGUCGAAUAGAAGGGAUGAGAUGUCUACCUCGUCGACUACAAAUAUCUUGAAUUAUCCUCAGGCUUAGGGAGGUAACACGCCUCUCACUGAUAUUAAGAAAUAUUUUCUUUUAGUUUCUGCUGACAAUAGCAUAUAUCACUUACCUGUAACUCAGUCGCCACGAAUUUACUCUAGAUUUUUUUUUUUUUUUUUUUUUUUGAUACAGUAAUAAAUUUUUGAACGUUUUACAAACAUAAUCUCCACAACUCUUCUCAACUCAAAUACAAAAAAAAAAAAUAAUCACUUUUCGGCACAGACUACAGAAAAUAUUUCAAUAUAAACCCCAGAAAACUUAAGAUAGCAAAUACAAAUUCCAGAAAAGUUGUUAGCAUAGAUUUCAAGCCAGUUAACAAUACUUAAAAAAAAAAUCACUUUUCAUAACAGAUUUCCUAACAUUUCCUAACGCUAAACCAAACCUUGGAACACAUUUCAUUGAUUCAAAAAUCAUUGAGCACCCAGAUAAGCUGUCUUGAACACAAGCGACUCACAAUUAUCUCUUCUUUGAUACAGCAGUAAUCAAAGAUGUAUUGAUGAAUCUAUGACGCUGGAAAGAUUAUUAUUAUUAUAAUCAGGGAGGAAGCGCUAAACCCAUAGGAUUAUACAGCGCCUGUGGAGGAGGGUUGUGGAAGAUAUUCGGUUUAA